AUGGCCUCCAGGCUGACCCCGCUGACCCUCCUGCUGCUGCUUUUGGUCAUCGAUGGAGCCAGCGACAGCUCCAGGGAGGUCAUGCCAGAGAGAAGCAAAAAGAACGUUGUCCAUGCAGAAAUACCUGGACCUCUAGACAUUCAACCAACCGUGAAUUCUUCUACCUGGUUAACAACCACUGAGGCAACCGUGCAAACAAGACCUCAAACCCAUCCUGAAACUACCAUCCAACCUACCACUGCACCUACUGCCCAACCCACCUCCCAACUCACUGAAAAACCCACCCUUCAAGUCACUACCCAAGCAACUACCCAGAUCCCCACCACGCUGCCCCCUACUGAGCCCUUCUGUCCCCUGCCAGCCACUAACUGCUCAGAUUUAGAGAGGAAAUCAGCAGAGGGUGUGUUGGGGGAGGCUCUGACAGAUUUUUCCCUGAAGCUCUACCAUGCUUUCUCAGAGGUGAAGAAGGCUGAGACCAACAUGGCCUUUUCCCCAUUCAGCAUCGCCAGCCUCCUCACUCACGUUCUACUUGGGGCUGGGGACAGCACCAAGAGAAACCUGGAGAGCAUCCUCUCUUACCCCAAGGACUUUGCCUGUGUCCACCAGGCUCUGACGGCCUUCGCAUCCAAAGGUGUCACCUCAGUGUCUGAGAUCUUCCACAGCCCAGACCUGGCCAUAAGGGAUGCCUUUGUGAACGCCUCUCAGAGCCUGUAUGGCAGCAUUCCCAGAGUUCUGAGCAACAAUAGUGAUUUGAACUUGGAGCUCAUCAAUCACUGGGUGGCCAAGAACACCAACCACAAGAUCAGACAGCUGCUGGACAGUCUGCCCUCCGACACCCGCCUUAUCCUUCUCAAUGCUGUCUACCUGAGUGCCAAAUGGAAGACAACAUUUGAUCAUAAAAGAACCAGGUUGGAGCCCUUUCACUUCAAAUCCUCUGUGAUAAAAGUACCCAUGAUGAGCAGCAAGAAGUACCCUGUGGCUCAUUUCAUUGACCCAACUUUGAAGGCCAAGGUAGGACAACUGCAGCUCUCUCACAACCUGAGCUUGGUGAUCAUUGUGCCUCAGCACACGAAGCACCACCUGGAAGACUUGGAGCAGGCCCUCAGCCCCUCCGUCUUCAAGGCCAUCAUGAGGAAGCUGGAGAUGUCCAGGUUCCGACCUACUCUUCUGAUUAUGCCCCGCCUCAAAGUGAAGAGCAGCCAAGACAUGCUGGGCAUCAUGGAGAAAAUGGAAUUCUUUGACUUUACAUAUGACCUCAACCUGUGUGGGUUGACCGAGGACCCAGAUCUUCAGGUAUCAGCGAUGCAACACCAGACGGUGCUGGAGCUGACGGAGUCGGGGGUGGAAGCGGCCGCGGCCUCCGCCAUCUCUGUGGCCCGCAAUUUGCUGAUCUUCGAUGUGCAGCAGCCCUUCCUCUUCCUUCUCUGGGACCAGCAGCACAAGUUCCCCGUCUUCAUGGGGCGGGUAUAUGACCCCCGAGGCUGA